CUCUCUUACCCCCUAUUUCAUCCAACCCCAAUAAACGCCACACAAGGGGAUUUUCUUUCGGGAGAAUGUCUCGGCCGACCGUUGCUUCAUCUUCUCCGGCGGCGGUGGCGGUCUCAUUGGCGCUCUUCCAACUCAUCAUCCUAAUUAUUUCGUCCGCAGUCGUCGAAGCUCGCACAAAGAUGAUUCCGGCAGAUGCAUCGAAGCUCGACCAAUGGAUCGCACACAAUAUGAAAGAAUACGAGGAACGUAAGGCGAACGAAACCGGAAUCAAGGCGCUGGACCGGCGGCUGGCGAAGGCGGAGGACCAUGUCCGACUAAUCACCGUUAGAAAAGACGGACGAGGAAAUUUCACGACGAUCACCAAAGCGAUCGAGAGCAUUCCGUCUGGAAAUCGGCGGCGAGUGGUGGUGUGGAUCGGCGGGGGAGUUUACAGAGAGAAGAUUACGAUUGAAGCUUCCAAGCCGUUCGUGACGCUGUAUGGACAGAAAGGAAGACGGCCGGUGAUAACGUUCGACGGUACGGCGUCGGAAUUCGGUACCGUUAAGAGCGCGACGGUGGCGGUGGAAUCGGAUUAUUUCGUUGCCGUCAAUCUUGCGUUUGUGAAUUCAGCUCCAAUGCCCGAAUUAGGAGGAACAGGAGGACAAGCAGUGGCAAUGAGGAUAUCUGGGGAUAAGGCAGCAUUCCAUGAGUGUCAUUUCAUAGGCUUUCAAGAUACUUUAUGCGAUGACAGAGGCAGACAUUUUUUCAAGGAUUGUUACAUCCAAGGCACUGUGGACUUCAUUUUUGGAAACGGCAAAUCUCUUUACUUGAAAACCAUAAUAAACUCAGUGGCAGAAGGCACGGGAGUAAUCACAGCUCAAGCAAGGGAAGAAGCCACAGAUGACAGUGGUUUCACAUUUGCAUAUUGCAACAUCACAGGAACAGGAAACACUUAUUUGGGAAGAGCUUGGAAAGAGAGAACUCGUGUAGUUUUUGCUUACACAUACAUGGGAACUCUCAUCAACACAGAAGGAUGGUCUGACAAAAUGCAUGGAAGCCAACCUAGAAAGAGUAUGUACUACGGUGAGUACAAAUGCAUGGGACCUGGGGCGACCCCCUCGGGUCGAGUGAAGUAUGCUAGAAUACUCUCGGACGAAGAAGCGAAGGCGUUUUUGAGUAUGACUUAUAUCCACGGAAACAAAUGGCUUUUACCACCACCAAAUCUCUCCCUCUUCCACUCUAGGUCCAAUGUCUUCCAUUAAAAAUGAAUCAAAAUUGCUUGAAUGAAAUGCUGCAUAUGUGUGGCCAAAACCAUAAAGUAACUAUAGUGAAAAUUAGAAAAGCAAGGCCUAGCUAGCUAGGCUGCUGUGCCUUGAAACUUUAUCCCACAUAUUUCCCCAUUUAAAUGUACUUCUCUCUCUCACAUAGAAAUAAUCCCAUUUUUUUUGUCCUAAGUUUGAGUUGAUUGUUGUACCAAACUGAUCAACUUUUUUUUUUUUCUUUCCUCUGCCUUGAGCUUUUCUCUUUCUCUCUUGGUUGCUCUAGUAAGCUCUCACAUGUUAUAUUGCCAAGGGUAGUUUUGGAAAGGAAAAGUACAUGAUCAUGGAUGGCCCUUGCCCGCACACAUUUGUACUUGGCUAUGAUGUUCUUUCUAACUCUUUUUUUCUUCCAACACUAAGAAUUGUGUAUGGUGAAAUUUUGAAAUACAAGCUAAUGUGUUUGCUAUUAAAUCUAACA